AUGCUGUCAAUUCUCGUGAGAAGCAGCCCCUGGGCUCUUGUUGGUCUGUUGAGCUGCGUCGCCUCCGCCAAUGUGGUCUUUACCGGCGCGAGUGUCCAGCUCGGCGAUGACUACUACUUCAUCGACCCGAAUGUCGCCGGCGAGCUCCCCGUGCCGCGCGGCGGCAGCUACAAGGCGCCUGCCGGCGGCUUUGCAGCCGUGACGGUGGUCCAGAGCGAGGGCAACGCAACAGGCCUGGCUUCCCUACUGCAAAGCUGGACUGAGCUCGACGAUGUCUUUCAGCCGUCCUUCCUCGCCGGCGGUGUCUACGUCGCCGGCAGCCAUGCCGCUUCGCCGCAGACAUCUUCCACGCAGCUCCUCAACACGACGGCGUCGGUGCACACCCUCCAGAAUGGCACCACCAGCCUGCUUCCCUCGGGGCCGUACUUUCUCAACGUGCACACCGGCGAGGUCCACCGCGCGCUGCGCCUCUACGACGACUACACAAACUCGUUUACGGGCGCGCUGCUGCACAACCCCGACGGCAGCGUGCAGACGCUGUCGGCGCAGCGGCCCACGGCCAUGACGCUGACCAUCGGCGUGCCCUCACGGCUCUACUACCAGCACGCCGCGCGCACCGACCCUUCGCAGCCGCUCGCGGGCGUGCGCCUCGGCGUCAAGGACCUGUUCUGCGUGCGCGGCGCGCGGCGCUCCAACGCCAACCGCGCGUGGUACCACCUCUAUCCAAGCUGCAACGCGACCGCGCCGUCGGUGCAGCGGCUCGUGGACGCCGGCGCCGUCGUCGUCGGGUACCAGGCGCUCGCGCAGUUUGCCAACGGCGACCGCUACGCGGCCGACGCCGUGGACAUGCACCUGCCGUUCAACCCGCGCGGCGACGGGUACUCGGUGCCGCUGGGCAGCUCGUCGGGCGCGGGCGCGAGCGUCGCCGCGUACCCGUGGCUGGACCUUGCCCUGGGCAGCGACACGGGCGGCAGCGUGCGCAACCCGGCGCAGGUCGCGGGCGUGCUCGGCAACCGCCCGACGACGGGCCUCGUGGCGCUCGACGGCGUGACGCCGCUGGCGCCGACGCUGGACACGCCCGGGGUUGUGGCGCGCGAUCCGGCGCUCUGGGACGCGGCGCAAAAGGCGCUCUACGGGAGCAACUACACGUCCCUGGUGGGCGUGGAGGCGCCAGAGUACCCCAAGACGGUGUAUGUGAUGGAUUGGCCGCUGGGGAAGCGGCGCGAGGUGGAUGGGAUGCUGGGGCGGUUUCUGAACGCGACGGUGGAGAUUACGGGCGCCACGGUUGAGAGGCUGGACCUGGAGAUGCUGUGGAAGAGCACGCGGCCGGAGGAGGUCGGCGACGUGGACCUUGCGACGUAUCUCAACACCACAUAUGCAACGCUCGUGGCGAGCGAGCAGUGGGAUCUCGUCGGCAAACAGUUCUUUGCCGAUUACGCUGAGAAGCACGACGGCCGAAAGCCCUUUGUCAAUCCCUCCGCCAGCGGCCGCUGGGAAUGGGCCAGCGCGGCGCCCGCGUCCGCCUACCCGGCCGCCAAGCGCCAGCAGGAGACUUUUAGCAGCUGGUUCCGGUCGCACGUCCUGACGGCCACGGGCAGCGCCAGCUGCUCGUCCGCGCUGCUGCUCUACAGCGACCACUACGGCGUGCCCGACGUGCGCACGACGCUGCGUCCCGUGAGCAUCCCCUGGGGCCUGUCGACGGUCUACUACAGCCCGUUCUCGGGCACGCCGGAUCUGGCGUUUCCGUUGGGCGAGAUCUACACGCACAGCAACAUCACCGGCAAGGAGGAGCCGCUGCCCGUGUCGGCGGACAUCAUGGCCGCGCGCGGCUGCGACGGCCUGGUCACGAGGCUGGGCAUCGAGCUGGUGAAGAGGGGUGCUGUCAAGGUUCCAAAGGCGGGCGGUACCUUGGACGGUGGCGAGGUGCUGUUUCGUCGCGAGAUGGAACUGCUGUGA